GUCGUUUCCAGAGACUGUGCGGGGUCGAUUUCGGCGGUCGGGGUGAUUUGGAAAAACGACUGUCGCCCACAUCGUCCCCUCCGUGCGCAUCUUGGCUAUCUUUUUUACGGAAUGCUCUAAGAACACUUUUGCUGUUUCUUCAGCAGUAUCUCCACAGAUGGUUGAUGCUUGGCAAAGAAAUCCUCUUCAUUAACAUUUUCAUAAGCAUUAUUUUUAACACAAACCACAUAUUCAAUAAUCAUGGUUGCAGCAAGCCCUGACUUCAAAUCUUCAGAGAUAUUUGAGCAGAUGGACAGUGUUCUAAAAACAGAUGGAGCAGAUAUAGUGAAAAAGAUGAAGGCAGUGUUCGCAUUCUCUGUAAAGAACUCCGGCGGCAAGACAGCUACCUGGACUGUGGAUGUGAAGAAUGGCAAUGGUGGUGUGGAGCUUAAUAGCAACAAGAAAGCCGACGUCACCUUGACGCUGUCAGACGCUGACCUGGUGGACCUGAUGAUGGGCAAGCUGGACGCGCAGAAGGCCUUCUUCCAGGGCAAGCUCAAGAUCAAGGGCAACAUGGGCCUUGCGCUUCGACUCAAGACCUUCCAGAGCGAGAUGGAUAAGUACAAGGCCAAGCUGUGAGCAAGCCGGCGAUGCGGGUUUUUGUCGUGUGAUUUUCAGCAGGCGACUGGACAUUGCGAUUCGUAAUUGUAUGCAGGGAGCUAGUUAAUGAUAACUACUUUUGUAGUUGGGCCAACAUAUUCGUUAUGCAUCUGUAACGCGCCGUCGAUUGCUCUGCCAUGCGCUCACCUCUGUGUGUUGAUGAUGAUCACAAGAUCCCGCAAACUCUGAACAGGAUCCUGCCCGUGGAUGGUGCUGCGGUACGUGUUAUGGGUGCACGUGGUACGUGGGAACGGGCACUCAUUGCAGGCUGGAUGGGAUGCAGUUAAUAUACAUAUGUUACACAUAUUGACAAGGAAUAUGCCUGUUGGCUUCGCAGAAUAUAUCGAGUGAUCGUGA